UUCCCUGCAAGAUGGCAAAGAAUGUGGGACAGUCUUCUGCAAUGGAGAGGAGCAGCAGCCUGCAGGCUGCACUCGACCAGAAGCUUGCCCUGGCUAAGCGCUGUUCCCAUGAGGGUGCAAAGGCAGGAGCUAGGGCAGCACUGGUUGCCACCAUUGCUUCAGCCAUUCCAACUAUGGCAAGUGCAAGGUGGGUGCCAUGGGCAAGAGCCAAUCUGAAUCCAGCUGCUCAAGCCCUCAUCAUCUCCUCAGCGGCGGGAGCAGCAUAUUUCAUAGUGGCGGACAAGACGAUAUUGGCGACGGCACGGCGGAACUCCUUCAACCACCAGGCCUCCUCCGCCACCCCGCAUCUCCCAACUAUUAAUUAACUCAUUGAUCGACC